GAACGGUUCCCACGAGACGGUCGCGUCGACGCCCUCGCCCUUGAUUUGGUCGAUGGCCGCGUCGAGAUUCUUCGCGCCCACCCAGCACCAAGGUCAGGCAAAAUCGGAGUAUACGGUGACCGUCAGCUGCCGACCACUGCGGGCCACGCCGGCCGACAUGGCUGGCAAUGCGAGGAGUAGUGUGUAGAGGAUGAUUGUGUCCCCGGCGCACGCCGCUGCGCGGUUUAAGUGGUCUCACGUCGCGUAGAGAGUCCUUGCUCGAAGUGAGCAAGUCCUGCACGUGUUUGAGCGGUCACUCGCACCGCUAUUUUGCCUGAGCUCUCUUUGGGCUUUGCAAGCUCUGCGGAGGUCUGUUGGGUCUGCGUGCACGCAGAGCUUGUUCUCGCUCCUCAGCACGUUAGGUUACGUUGGGACACCCCGCGGCAGCGCUAAAGACGUGCCGUUGCCGCUCCCGUGCUCGCACUCGAGUACUCAAAGCCAUGUCGGCUUGGUCUGGCUCCCUCCCGCCGCCGGGCGAGGAGCGUUCCGAGUUCAUCGAGGACAAGGGCGUGCUGCUGCGCCAUGGCUCGUCGCUCGCGCUGAUGGCGCUAGUCAGCACCGCCCUCAAUGAGUCAGACGAGUUCGGCGAGGUCGACCCCGAGGACGACUGGAAGAAAUGGACCGAGGGAAGGCCCGAACUCAAAUUGUACUACGGCGCGCUCAUCGACCCAUCGAGGGACGGCGCGGACGCCGUCGCGUGCAUCCUGCGGGCGGUCCUCGACCCGUCCACACCAGGCCGGGCGUCCGGUCGGAAUCGCAUUAUUAUAGAUUAUGUGACGACGCGCAAGGCUUUUCGGGGCAAGGGCCUCGCAAGCGCCGCCGUGAGCUUCGUCGAGCAGGCGGCCGCGGCCACGGGCUCGAAUUGUUACGUGCUCGCGCUCGAAGAGAGCUGCACGUACUGGAUGGGCCAAGGCUUCAUCCUGGAGCCGUCCAGACGCCUCACCGCCCGCCUGAACGUGUUUCCGGACACGCACCUGCUCCGGCGCGCGGCGGAUCCUCCCGAUGAAGGCGAAGCAUCAGACGACCAGUUCCUCGAGGCCCGCCGGCAACUGGAAGAAGAAGGGUCGGAUUCGGGCGAGGACGAGGACGAGGACGAGGGCGAGGCGCUCGUGAUCGCCCUGUCUUUGCUUGCGUCCCAUCCGGACGCCGCCGAGCGCGACGCGAGCCGCGCGCUCCUACUCAAGGCUGCGACGAACCUGACGAACGACCCGUGGAAUCCAGUGUGGAGACCCCCACCACCACGCCAUCGAGCAGACGUCGCGUCGAUGGCGUGGAGGUCGACGCGCUGAUCCGCACAGGUCCAACCCAAAAUACCGGCGCCUCCGCAAGCAGAACGCCAUCAUCGCCGCCAAGGUCGUCAAAGUCACUGGCGCCCCGGAGGUCCUCGCGUGCAUGGGUUUCGAGGACGCGGGCGACGAGUGGGUCGUCCGCGACGACGACGUGUGGCAGCGCGCCGCUGCCACCGCGGCCGCGCUGAAGAUGUAGUCUGUUGUCCUAAGAAAUGUUCAUGCGCUGUUCUUAA